UUUUCCUCUCUAUCAUUUGACCCCUUCUUUCUUUGUAUGUAAGCUUCAUUGUUCAUUCUUCUUUCAUAAACCUUUUUAACUGAAACACGAAUUUGUGGUAAACUUGAAAAGGGAUCUCUUUUAGCCGGUGUACGUAUGUGAAGAACUCUUGAAUCUCCCUUCAUAGUCACGUGCAAUAAUUGGAGAUAAUUUACAAAUCGGCAUCAUCUGAAGCACCGAUCUCUGAGAAUUCCAACCCUCCUUCAAAAGGAAGGCGAAGAACUUUUGGAUGGCCUCUCAUAAAGUUAUCUUUGCAUAUAAGCAUCACUAUUGAUGGGGCCGAGUUGCCUCCUUGCUCCUACAGAUCUAUUUGGGGUCUGUGGAUCUUGCAAAUUUUAUUAGCCUCUGAUGAAGAUGUUGCUGAGCUUGACUUACUGAAUGAGCUAAGGGAAAUACAAAGGUUAGCCUUUUCGACUUUCCAGAGGAUGGAUCAGGAGAUGUGCAUCAAUAGUUUUUGAGUAUUGGCUUCAUGUGUACAAUUCCAGUUCAGUACAAGUUGCUAUCGGUGCAUAGCAGAAUUCGUCAUUUUUCUUUUGGCAUAUUGUUCCCACUUGUUUAGAGGGUUAGUUUAAUUGAGUUUCGCAUAGUAGUGCUCUAUAUAUCUGCCCCAUUUCUUCUUUCUUCAAGCUUAGACUCAUCAACGGCCUCAAUCAUUUUCCGGUUUAUUUUGGUUCACAUCUAAUCCCCGCAAAAUGCCGAUUAAUGUGGCGGAGUUUGUUGGAGGGGCUGGUCUAGGAUCAGCAUUUAGUAUACUGACCAGUGGCGUUCAGGAGCUGAUAAGCAAGGCUGCCAUGUUUGAGCCUCUCUUCAAAAGCAUACAAUCCACGCUAAUUGCCUUGGAUUCACUGGUCCCAGAUACUGAUGAGCCAAAUCCAGCAAAGAAGCUGGAAGGUUUAGAAGAAGUGAGAAAGAUGGGAGAAAAGCUUGUCUCCGAUUGCAAAGAAGUUAGUGAGUGGAACCUGUUUGCGAAGUACUACUUCGCCGUCAAGCUUUUGGAAUGGAAUGAUUUCCUUAAACACCAAUUAAGGAUACACCAAUUAAGGGAAGGGAAGAACACCGCGUCUAUGGUUGAGAAGACUGCGUCUACGGUUGAGAAGACUGCUGUAUCGGUAGAUAGUGUGCUGUUUUCAGUAAAGAAUAUAGAGAAGCAUGUGAUACUGAAUAAAGCCGCAACAAGUUCAAGUAUUAGUAUUACAGCUCUUCAACCUCCAAAGCUUCCACAGCAUAUAGUUGGAUUGGAUACUCCUCUGAUGGAAUUGAAGAAAAUGCUUCUUACGGAUCAUGGAGUGUCGAUGCUUGUACUGACUGCUCCAGGAGGAUGUGGAAAAACUACUCUGGCCACAAUGUUCUGUGAAGAUGAACAAGUCAAAGAAAAAUUCGGCUGCAAUAUCUUCUUCAUCACUGUUUCACAAAAGGGAAAUUUGGACCUUAUUGUGCAACGCUUAUGUGAAUACACGGGUCGUGUUCCUACUUUCGUAAAUGAAGUAUAUUCAAUUCAGUUGCUGCAAACAAUAUUGAAGGAAGUACAUAAUCCUUCUUUGUUAGUGCUAGAUGAUGUUUGGUCUGGAUCAGAAUCCAUUCUUGACAAAUUUAAUCGAUUCAAAACAUCAAAUUUCAAGAUUUUGGUGACAUCAAGAUCUGAAUUUCGUAGAUUUGGUUCUUCAUAUCAUUUACGAAUGUUGGAUGAUAAGGAUGCAAUGGAUCUUUUCCAUCACACAGCAUCCUUAGGAGAUCGGAGCUCUCCUAUUUCAGAAGAUAUCAUAAAAACGAUAGUAGAGCAGUGUAAAGGAUUUCCACUUGCAAUUACAGUGGUGGGCAGAUCACUUGCUGGACAACCCAUAGAGAUGUGGAAAAAAAAAGAAAUUGAAUGGUCGAAAGGUUCUUUAAUUCUUGAUUCAGAAACAGAAUUGCUUUUUUGUCUCCAAAGCAGCUUAGAUGCCUUGGAUGAAGAACUCAAGGAAUGUUUUCUAGACCUAGGUUCAUUUCCUGAAGACAAACAGAUCCCAGUUGCUGCGCUCAUGGACAUGUGGGCGGAGUCAUUUUAUCUAGAUGAAGAUGCUCUGUGCAUUGCAAAACUCCAGGAACUCAACAAUCGGAGUCUAGCUAAUCUUGUAGAUACAAGGAAGAAGAAGAUGGAGGGGGAAUGGUACUACAAUGAGCACUUUGUUACCCAACAUGAUUUGUUGAGAGAGCUGACCAUCUACCACUCGAGACUAGACGAUGCAGAGGACAGUAAAAGACUAAUAAUAGAGAUGUGCGGAAACAAUCUUCCCAACUGGUGGAAGAAACAAAAGUAUCAACCUAUCAAGGCUCGUCUAUUAUCCAUCUCAACCGAUGAGAAGUUCACUACAUGGCCGGACAUUCAACUACCAGAUGCAGAGGUUCUAGUCUUGAACUUUCAGACCAAGAAAUAUGCCUUACCCCAGUCUCUGAAAAAAAUGAAAAAACUGAAGGUAUUAAUAGUCACAAAUGAUGGUUUUUCACGUGCCGAAUUAAGUAAUUUUCAGCUACUCGGUUGGUUGUCAAAUCUAAAGAGAAUCAGACUGGAGCGCAUAUCAAGUAUUCCUUUCAUAACCAUGAAUCCCACACAACUGAGCAGUGUUAAGAAGAUAUCCUUAUGCAAUUGUAACAUUCGUCACGCUUUUGGCAAUGGUUCCAUCAGAAUGUCAGAUGCAUUUUCAAAUCUGCAGGAAAUGAACAUUGAAAAUGACUUCGGAGAAUUGCCUGCCGAGAUCUGUGAUCUGGUUCAUCUAAAGAAGCUCUGUAUCACCAACUGUUUUUGGUUAUCUAUCUUGCCUGAAAGGAUCAGGGAUUUGGUAAAUUUGGAAGUAUUGAGGCUGAGACAUUGUACAGACUUGAAAGAGCUCCCUGACUCAUUGGGGAACCUCAAAAUGUUAUACUUUCUUGACCUCUCUGGUAGCUUCAGCAUUAAGGAGUUGCCCAAAGACAUUGGUGAAAUGAGCAGUCUAAGAAAGCUUGACAUAAGAUGUUGCAGAAGAUUCGAAGAGCUUCCCGUAUCAAUUCUGGAUCUUACGCAGCUUGAGGAAGUGAUAUGUGAUGAGGAUACAAAACAAUUAUGUGGACGCUUCUCUCCUGGUCGCAAAAAUGUUCGCAUCGUAGUCACCAAAUGAAAUCAACUUCAAUUGUCUCUCUACGAGUGUGAUUUUUCUAAUUAAAUUGGUGUUUUGCUGUGUCCUAAUCCUAUAGCUGUUCCUUAUGUUAUGUCUACGUUUUGAUGUUUGAAGGGGUCUGUGUAGCUUUGUAUCUUCAUGCUUGUUUAUUGUAAUUGAAUGCUAAUGGCGUUGAAUAAAAGUAGGAUUAUGAUAGUGAGAAAAAUGUU